AUGUCUAUAUUAAAACACUUAGCUGUGGAAGAUGUAGCAUAUAGUAAACUGCCUCAACUGAUCCCACCAUUUUUGGGUUUCAACAUAGAGAUCAAUUAUGUGAAAAUCACUAAAAUUGUAGCGUGCAAUGGCCAUGAUUUGACGGUUCUUUUCUGGCCGUACAACAUCAAGGAUUUGGACAAUACCAAUUUGUACACCGCACCAAUUUUCACUAUCCAAAUUACCAAGUUUCAAUGUGGCAGCCUGGCUGUAGCAAUUAGUGCCUUGCUCCUUGUAAUGGACGGUUUCACAAUCAUGCACUCUAUUUUUGAGUGGGCAAAUGCGUGUAGAUUGGGGACUCCUAUCGACAAGAUCAACAAUUUCUUGAGCUUCAAUGGUGGUGAUAUUUUCCCAACAAGAGACUUAUCAAGGUACUUCAAGCUUCCUAUUCCACAAGAAGGAAGCAAAGAAGAUAAAUUUUUCUCCAAGAGGUUUGUUAUCAAAGAGGCUGCUAUAUUGAGGCUCAAAGAGAAAUUUGCAAGCUUCAUUGAUUCAGGUGCUUUGGAUUUUAAACCUUCGAGAGUUGAGCUGAUUUCAGCACUGUUAUGGAGAGCUUUAAUCCGUGCUUCGGCAACAAUAAAUGGGAGCUUGAGACCUUCUAUGAUGGGUUUUUCGCUGAACUUGCGCUCUAAAGUUAACUUACCUGAAAUAAACAAAUCCGUGCGGAAUUUGGUAAUUGAUGUUCCAGUGAAAUUCAUACCUGGGGAGACACAAAUGGAGUUACAACAUCUUGUAAAAUUGAUCAGGGAUGCAGUGAUGAAAGUUGUUGCUUCAUGUUCCGAGGCUUCACCAGACGAGAUAGUUUCACACGUGGCGAACUUAUAUACCGAAAGUUUUCAAGCACCAGAAUGGGGAAAUAACGAUGACGUUGACAAAUUUACGUGUUCAAGUUUAUGCAGGUUUCCUAUGCAAGAUGCUGAUUUUGGUUUGGGAAAACCAUGCUUGAUGUUUUUUGGAUUGAAAGAUAUGAAUAUGUUUUGGUUGCACGAUACGGUUUGUCGUACUGGUGUUGGCCUACAAGUCGACUUGGAUGAAAGGCACUUGCAGUUAUUUGAAUCCGACCACGAUCUUAAGGCUUUCAUCGAACCCUUCUAG